AUGGCUUCGGUCGACCAGAAAGUUGCUUUGAUUGUCAUUGAUGGCUGGGGUAUUGCGGGCCCUGACUCCCCGCCCCAGGGUGAUGCCAUCGCCGCCGCCGAGACCCCAUACAUGUCUGGCUUCUCCGAGCCCAACUCCAAGACCGCCCAGGGCUUUGCUGAGCUGGAUGCCUCAUCCCUCGCCGUCGGUUUGCCCGAGGGCCUGAUGGGCAACAGCGAAGUCGGUCACCUGAACAUUGGUGCCGGUCGUGUCGUCUGGCAGGACAGUGUUCGCAUUGACCAGACUAUGAAGAAGGGUGAGAUGGGCAAGGUUCCCAACAUUGCCAAGGCCUUCACCCGCGCGAAGGAGGGCAACGGACGUCUGCACCUGUGUGGUCUGGUCUCUGACGGUGGUGUUCACUCUAACAUCACCCACCUGUUCGCUUUGCUCGAGGCCGCCAAGGAGAUGCAGAUUCCCCAGGUCUUCAUCCACUUCUUUGGUGAUGGACGUGAUACCGACCCCAAGAGUGCCGACAAGUACAUGCAGCAGCUUCUUGAGAAGACCAAGGAGCUCGGCACCGGUGCUAUCGCCACCGUUGUUGGCCGCUACUACAUCAUGGACCGCGACAAGCGCUGGGAGCGUGUCGAGAUUGGCCUGAAGGGUAUGCUCACUGGCGAGGGCGAGGAGAGCGAUGAUCCUUUGAAGACCAUCAAGGAGCGCUACGAGAAGGGCGAGAAUGACGAGUUCCUGAAGCCCAUCAUUGUUGGUGGCAAGGAGCGCCGUGUCCAGGACGAUGACACUCUCUUCUUCUUCAACUACCGUUCUGACCGUGUCCGUGAGAUCACUCAGCUCAUUGGUGACUACGACCGCUCCCCUACUCCCGACUUGGCCUACCCCAAGAACAUCUCCCUCACCACCAUGACGCAGUACAAGACCGACUACACCUUUGAUGUUGCCUUCCCCCCACAGAAGAUGGGUAACUGCCACAUUGCUGAGACUGAGAAGUACGCUCACGUCACUUUCUUCUUCAACGGUGGUGUUGAGAAGCAGUUCCCCGGCGAGGUUCGCGACAUGAUCCCCUCGCCCCGUGUUGCUACCUACGACCUUGACCCUAAGAUGAGCGCCGCUGCCGUCGGCACCAAGAUGGCUGAGCGCCUUGGCGAGAACAAGUUCGACUUCGUCAUGAACAACUUCGCUCCCCCUGACAUGGUUGGUCACACCGGUGUGUACGAGGCCGCCAUCCAGGGUGUCACUGCCACCGACAAGGCCAUUGGUGAGAUUUAUGAGGCUUGCAAGCAGAACAACUAUGUUCUCUUCAUCACCGCCGAUCACGGAAAUGCCGAGGAAAUGCUCAACGAGAAGGGCACACCAAAGACUUCUCACACUCUGAACAAGGUUCCCUUCGUUAUGGCCAAUGCUCCCGAGAGCUGGAGCCUGAAGAAGGGUGGUGUUUUGGGCGAUGUCGCCCCCACCGUUCUCGCUGCCAUGGGCAUUGAGCAACCCGAGGAGAUGUCUGGCGAGAACCUGCUCGUCAAGGCCUAG